GCAAAUGCCAGCAAUUUAAAGACUUUCCUUUCAGCCGUGAGACUGGCUCACCAAGGGGCUGACGCAGGAGCCCUCCCGCUCUCAGCUCUGGUACCAGCCAAGACCUCAGAAGUUGAAAAACCGAAGACCAAAAUGAUCAUCACUUCCAGAAGGGACUAUCCCCUGACCAAAAACUUCCCUUACUCCCUGGAACAUCUCCAGGCCUCCUACUGCAAACUUGCUCGGAUCGACACGCGGGUGCUUUGCUUGAAGAAGCUUCGGAAACUGGACCUGAGUCACAACCACAUCAAGCAGCUGCCCGCGACCAUCGGGGACCUGGUCUGUCUGCAGGAGCUCAAUCUGCACGACAAUCACCUGGAGUCCUUCAGUGGGGCUCUGUGCAACUCCACCCUUCAGAAAUCUCUUCAGUCCUUGGACCUCAGCCAGAACAAAAUUAAAGCACUUCCCAUUCAGUUUUGCCAGCUGCGGGAACUCGUCAAUUUAAAGCUGGAUGACAACGAGAUGAUCAGGUUGCCUUUCAAGAUUGGCCAGUUGGAUCAUCUACGUUUUCUGUCAGCAGCAAGAAACAAACUUCCUUUCCUGCCCAGUGAUUUUAGGAAACUCUGUCUUGAGAACUUGGAUCUCUUUGGAAAUCCUUUUGAGCAGCCUAAUCCACUUGUUCCCAACGUACAAUUGAAAAUACCACUGACUUUAUUAGAGUGUGCUGCAAGAGCCACCGUGAAUUGCAGAAUCCCUUAUGGUUGUCAUCUCCUUCCCUCUCACCUUUGUGAAGAUCUGGAAGUGGCUAAAACCUGCCAGUGUGGGAGGGCCUGUCUGAGCAGCUUCAUCCAGAUCACAGUGACCAUGAAUCUCCAUCACGUGGCUCACACCGUGGUCCUGGUGGACAACAUGGGCGGUACAGAAGCACCCAUCAUCUGCUACUUCUGCUCCCUGGACUGCUACUCCCAGUUCCUGGAUAGGCAUCUGCAGAGUCAGGGCUGA